UCUGUUUUUCUGAUCUGUUCAUGUCGAGCAUCUGUGAACUACAGAAUUAAAAACACAAACCUCUUGCUAUGAGCUUGCGCCGCUGUUACGGAAAGUAAAGCAACUCCUUCUGACCAAUCACACGACAGAACUGAAAAAGCUCUGUGGCACAAUGCAUGCCAUGUGAAUUAGACUCAUUAAGUCUGCAUGAUUAAUGUCGUUAUAAAGCUCUGUGGGAUGUGAGAGAUGUGAGCAGUGCUUCAGUGAUCUACCAACCUGCAUCAUCCACGUAGCCCCACCUCUUUCUUAUAUACAUAUAUACACAGCAAAACACAGAUAUAUAUAUUCACCAAAAUACCGACUGAACCAACAUCUUUAUCAGUUUUUUUGCGUGAAGGACAGGAGAAACAUCACAAUGCGGUUUGGACAGAAUGUUUUUCUGUUUUUUCUUAUUAUCACCGGUUUACUUCUUGGGUUAGUUUACUUCAGCUACACAUCCACUUGGUUGAGUGAUGUGUUGGAGUGCAGAGUGACUGCAGAAGAAAUAAGGCCGGUUAAUACAGACUUAAUCUUUCCUGCAGGGAUUGCAUGCAAGCAGCCCAGUCUGAGUAGCAGUCGACCAGAUGUUUCCACGACGACCAAGUGGUUAGCUCCGAUUGUGUGGGAGGAUACGUUUGAUUUGACUGUGAUAGAUAACAUCUACAAACCGCAGAACAUCACCGUGGCAACCACCUUCUUCGCUCUGGGGAAGUAUGUACGUUUCCUGAAGGAGGUCCUAGAAUCCGCGGAGCAGCACUUCAUGGUGGGCUACCGAGUGCAUUAUUACGUGUUUACAGAUCUCCCAGAUGAGGUUCCCACGGUAACGCUGGGGGAGGGGCGUCAGCUGACCGUGAAAAAAACCGCAAGCUCGAACCGCUGGCAGGAAAUCUCUCUACGCAGGAUGGAGAUGAUCGAGAAACUCAUCGAAGACGAAGUCAUCAACAAGGCAGACUAUAUUUUCAGCCUCGAUGUCGACUCCAAAUUCUAUGCUCAUUGGGGGGCGGAGUCUCUGGGUGACCUUGUCGGCACUCUACAUGCCUGGCUUUAUGGAACAUCUCGGGAACAGUUCACAUAUGAGCGGCGUCCCGAAUCUCAAGCCUUCAUACCCUUAGAUGAAGGAGACUACUACUACGGAGGGGCCGUGAUCGGAGGACGCCCCGACAAAGUGCUCAAGCUGGUGAAGACGUGCCGCAUGAAUCUGGAUGUGGACCGAGCCAAUAAGAUCGAAGCAGUUUGGCAGGAAGAGUCUCACCUGAACAAGUACUUCCUGUACAACAAACCCACCAAGUUACUCUCACCUGAAUACCUGUGGGAUGAUAGAAAAGGGAAACCCAGCUUCAUGAAAGUGGUGCGUUUCUCACAGGUGGAGAAGAACUACGCUGAGAUUCGACCCAACCCUUAACUGGGUACAACGUUCCUCAGCAGGACUUUACAGGUUUUUCUCACACUCAGGUACUAAAGCUUUCACUCAGGAACUAAAAUCUCUAAUUCUCUUAACAUUACCUCACAGGUUUCAACCGCAGACCACACCGGAUGGACUUGUUAACAUUCCUGCCACUGAACAUCACAGAACUAAAGGUUCCCAAAACUAUCAGAAUCAGGAGAUGCUUGUGUACCCAAAAUGAUCAGAUGUUAUGAUGGAACAUAAUCGAACAAAUCAACACAAUAAAGAAAAUGA